AUGUUGGGUAUGUACGUGCCAGACAGAUUUUCUCUGAAAGCGUCAAAGGUCCAGGAUGGAAUCGGUCUUUACACGGCGAGGCGAGUGAAAAAGGGAGAAAAGUUCGGCCCGUUCGCCGGAGAGAAGAAGCUUCCCGUUGAGCUGGAGGAAAGCUCCGACACCCGGCUCAUGUGGGAGGUCCGCGGCAGUAAAGGAGAUGUGCUGUAUAUUCUGGAUGCUAGUAACCCACGACACGCCAACUGGCUGCGGUUUGUCCACCAGGCGCCUUCACAGGAGCAGAAGAACCUGGCGGCCAUACAGGAUGGAGAGAACAUCUUUUACCUGGCCGUGGACGACAUCGAGACGGACACGGAGCUCCUGAUAGGGUACCUUGACAGUGAUAUGGAGGAAGAGGAGGAGGAGGAAGAGGAGGAGGUCAUCAGAGAUGACGACGAAAACAGUAAAGAAGCUAAGCAUCUUGUUGAAAUGGAACUGGUAAUAAAGAAGGAGGACCACCCCUGCUUACUGUGCGAGAGCAGCUUCCCCAGUGAGGAGAUCCUGGCCGCUCACCUCCAGAGUCUGCACCAGAGGCCCAGCACGGAGGAGAAGGAGUUCAAAUGCAAGAGCUGUGGCAAGAAGUUCCCCGUCAGACAGGCUCUGCAGCGCCACUUUGAGCAGCAUAAGGAAGCCUGUAGAGGAGACGCCCGGUUCAUCUGUAAAGCAGAGAGCUGUGGCAAAAGAUUCAAGAGCAAGGACGCUCUGAAGAAGCAUAAAGGAAACGUUCACACGGGGAGCGCACGUCGGAAGCUCACGUGCACCAUAUGCAACAGAAAGUGCUCGUCCUCUCUGACUCUACAGGAACACAGAAAGGUUCAUGAAGUACUCGACUGCCACGCAUGUGACAAGAAGUUCAUCUCCACGAACCAGCUGAAACGUCACAUGAUCACACACUCGGAGAAGCGACCGUACACCUGCGAGAUCUGCAGCCGCUCCUUCAAGCGCCUGGACCAGGUGACGGCUCACAAGAUCAUCCACAGCGAGGACAAACCCUACAAAUGCAAGCUGUGCGGGAAAGAGUUCGCCCACCGGAACGUCUACAAGAACCACAAGAAGACCCACUCUGAGGAGAGACCCUUCCAGUGUGAGGAGUGCAAAGCUCUGUUCCGCACGCCCUUCUCUCUGCAGCGCCACCUCCUCAUCCACAACAGUGAGAGGACAUUCAAGUGCGACCAGUGCGACGCCACCUUCAAGAGGAAGGACACGCUCAACGUCCACAUCCAGGUGGUGCACGACGGCCACAAGAAGUACAAGUGCGACCUGUGUGAGAAGGCCUUCGUCACUCCGUCCGUCCUCAAGAGCCACAAGAAGACACACACGGGGGAAAAGGAGAAGAUCUGCCCGUACUGCGGACAGAAGUUUGCCAGCAACGGCACGCUGAGGGUCCACAUCCGCAGCCACACAGGUCAGUGGUCCUCCAGAGGCCAACGCUUUGUUACAUCCACCGUCCUCCAGACAGAUGUUGAGUAACAUCUCCAUACAGCUGUUAGAGACGCUGAAUGCUGUUCACACCAAACGUGAAGCCAAUUUUGACAGGUCGCUGCCGCUACCAGAGACGUAGAGUUCCUCUCUACG